AUGCCUUCUCGCGGCCACCAGUCUCCCUGCCACAAGCCCGACAUCACCCUUCCCUCCUCGUACAACGACCUUAAAUUCACGCAAAUCCAGACGCGACACCAUGAAAAAGAGCCUUCUGUCAUUAUCCUCACACUCUACCGCCCCAAGAACUACAAUGCCUUCACAGACACAAUGCGCGAGGAGAUUGAAGCCGCAUAUGCCAUGUUCGACGUGGACGAGCGCGUAAAGUGCAUCGUAGUCACAGGUACCGGGCGCAUUUUCUGCGCUGGAGCGGAUCUAGAUGCUGGAUUUGGGCAGGGGACGUUUGGUGAGGAUGCGGAGAGGGUGCAGGAUCAUCGCGAUGGCGGGGGCCGAGUAACACUCUCGAUAUUCCACUGUCGCAAGCCUACCAUCGGCGCCUUGCAGGGUAGUGCUGUUGGAAUCGGCAUCACAAUGACGCUGCCCAUGAACAUCCGUAUCGCGUACAAGGAUGCGAAGAUUGGCUUUGUGUUCUCGCGCCGCGGCCUCAUCAUGGAAGCGUGUUCGUCCUUCUUCCUUCCACGACUUGUCGGACACAGUCGUGCGAUGAAGGCCGUUACAACAGGUGCGACAUACCUGGCGAGCGACAAGGUCUGGGACGGCCUGUUCAGCGAGCUAGUGGACAAGCCUGAAGAUGUGCUUCCGAAGGCACUCGAGGUUGCUGAGGAUGUGGUCAAGAACACAAGCAGUGUAUCGACAUAUCUCAUGAAGGAGCUCAUGUACAGAGAUGCGGGGAAUCCGGAGGCACAGCAUUUGCUAGACAGCAGGGUCAUCUAUGAGCUCUUUGGAUCGCCGUAA